AUGGGAUAGUUAUACAGCUUUGUUUAAGAUAAUAAAAAAAUGGUUGGUAUAACAGCAGUUGCUGCUAUAGGGUAUGAUUUGAAUAAUUAUAAGUGCAACAGCAACAAUAGUUUAUAAUAAAAGAAAGUAAAAUUUAAGUUAAAGUGAGAUCUUUAAAACACCAAAACAACUUGAUGAUGAAUAUUUUCCUGCAAAAAGAUCAGCUUAUUAUUAUGAUGAUAGAGAAGAUACCUUAUAUACUAAAAUGACAAGAACAGGAAAAAUAGAUCAAAUUAUAGAUUCUAUUAAUGUUAACUAUAUUCCUAAUUCUGAAUGCUUAGAACCUUAAACUAUUGUUGAUAUACUCUAAAAUACUAUAGAACUAGCAGGGGAUGAAUUUAUUAGAAUGACUAUGAGAAAUAGAGCAUAAAGAAGAUAAUUUAGAGAAAAUUCAAAAUUAAAUUAAUAUAGAUACUAAAUUAUAAAGUAUAAUUAAGAUUUAGAAGAGUUAUUAGAAAAAUCAUAAGCAGAAUUACUUAAUAGACUAGAUAUUAAUAAAAAUAUAUUUGAAGAAAGUAUGCUUGUAUUGAUGGAAAGAGGAUUCUUUUAAUAAUUAUAUAUGUUAUAAGCAAGUGUCAAACAAAAAAUUAAAGAAAAAAUUCCAUCUAAAAAAGAUUUGUCACUUAAAUAAAUUAAGGAAGUUAUUAAAUUCAACAUUAGAAUUUUAAAAGAAUAACCAAAUCCUUUUAAAAGUAUCAUAUCUUUUAUGAUUGUAAUUAUGUCAAUUUAUUUUAAUAGAAUAAAUAAGAUUAAAAAGAUUAUAUUCCAAAUGUAAUUAGUUUAUUGGUUUAAGAUUUUAUUUAUUAAAAAUAUAAAAUUGAAGAAGAAGAUCAAAUAAGAAAUAUUUCCAAACCAGGUAUUAAUUAUUAAAAUUAAUUUAAAGAAUGCAUGGGUGAUCCUGAAAUUUUAUAAUUACUAGGUGAAAUUGAAAUUACAAUGUAAGAUUUGAUGUAAAAUUUGGGAUUGGGAGGCAUAGAAAAUAUUCCUGAUAAUUUCGAAAAUUUUGCAUGA